UUCCUCCUACCCCUGUCAAGCCGCGCUUGAAUCCUCCUAGAGGGCGUGGUCGUCCUCCCAAGAAUCCAGUUGGUCCUGUGGCUGGGGAUAGCCGAGGCACAGAAGACAAUUCCGAGCAGGAGUACGAGGAUCGCAUCAAGAAGCGAGGAGUACGCACAUGGCAGCCCGUCGAUAUUGGAGACCCAGGUGGGCCGAGGUCAUGGGCGUUCCUGUUAAAGCCGAGUCAUCCCUGAUUCCAUUCCCAUUUGACGAUCCUAGUCAGUUCGAUAAAGAGGCCAUCGCAUUUUUGUUCGUGACUCUGACGGCCGUGAAGCGAGCUGAUCCAGUCAGUGAUAAAGAGUCGAUGGAGAUCUACUUCAUCCCUCAGAGAGCCGCUGCUCCUGGACAUGCCAUUGACAGUUGUUUCUCUCUGGCAAUGAUGAAUUUUGUCAUGAACAACGCGUCCAUUCUUGAGCAGUGCCCUCAGGAUAUUAAGGAUCUUGUUAAAGACAUUUUUGCUACCGAGAAUGCGGCCGUGGCCUGGCGACUUUUUGACGAAAGCGCCGUCGGUGACAAGGUGCACCGAGUUCAUCAGGAGGCGCAUCUCCUCGGUGAGUGGGAUGAGAGUCCAGCGAGCCCUAAGUUUGACAAGACGCCGUACUCGAAGCGCCUGAAGCAACAGAAGGUCAAAGAGGACGAACAUGAUGCCAAAGAGCAGUCAACAGCGCCGGCCCCACAGAGGAAAAGCUCUAGAGGCCAGGGCGGCGCCCUCACAGACAGCAAAGGCAAGGACAAGGCGAAGCAGGAGCAGGAUAAGAGCAAUGACAAGGGCGAGGACGAAGAGGAGAUCGCCCACCAUAUCACCGUCUUCAUGCACAUCAAUGGUUCUGUUUGGGAAAUUGAUUCACUUCAGCCAGAGCCGAGGAAGAUCGGAACGGUGAAUGAGUCAGAGCCCUGGCAGGAGCUUGUGGCCAAAUACCUCCAUGGACUCAAGGGCGACAUAGAAAAGGUCUCAGCGGCACCGCAGCUGACACAUGCAGCUGCUAUUUACAAGAAGUAAAUAUUUGCAUGGCAUUUUCGGUUACUACUUUUACUCUU